AUGUUUCACUGGGGAAAGUGGAAGAAAAGGAUGGGGUCUGGGAGCUCGUCCAAAAGGCCAAUAUUCGAUGAAAAUGAAGAUGUGAACUUUGACCACUUCCAAAUACUUCGGGCGAUUGGAAAAGGAAGUUUUGGAAAGGUAUGCAUCGUCCAGAAGAGAGACUCAGAGAAGAUGUUUGCCAUGAAGUACAUGAACAAACAGCAGUGCAUAGAGCGAGAUGAGGUCCGAAACGUCUUUAGAGAGCUAGAGAUUCUACAGGAAAUUGAACAUGUUUUUGUAGUGAACCUCUGGUAUUCAUUUCAAGAUGAAGAAGAUAUGUUCAUGGUUGUGGACUUAUUGCUUGGGGGAGAUUUGCGCUACCAUCUGCAACAGAAUGUGCAGUUCAACGAGGAAGCAGUGAAGGUCUACCUCUGCGAGAUGGCACUAGCACUUGAUUAUCUGCAAAGUCAACAUAUCAUCCACAGAGAUAUCAAACCUGAUAACAUAUUACUAGAUGAACAAGGGCAUGCUCAUUUAACAGAUUUUAACAUUGCCACCAUAAUCAACGACGGAGAAAGGGCCACAGCCUUGGCUGGAACCAAGCCAUACAUGGCCCCAGAGAUCUUCCAGUCUUUCAUAAACGGGGGAACUGGCUAUGCUUUUGAAGUUGACUGGUGGUCACUAGGUGUCACAGCCUUUGAAGUCCUCAGUGGAUGGAGACCAUAUGAAAUCCACACCAGUGAUUCGGUGGAGUCGUUAAUGCAACUCUUCAGUACGGUUAGCGUGCAGUAUUGUCCGACGUGGUCGAAGGACCUGGUGUCAUUGCUGAGAAAGCUGCUGACGGUGAACCCAGAGCAUCGCUUUGCCAGCCUGGCCCUCAUACAGACCGCUCCAUACCUCUCAGAUGUUAACUGGGAUGCUGUGUACGACAAGAGUGUGAUUGCAGGCUUUGUUCCCAAUAAAGGUCGCCUGCAUUGUGAUCCAACGUUUGAACUUGAGGAGAUGAUUUUGGAGUCCCAGCCUCUGCACAAGAAAAAGAAACGUCUUGCGAAACACAGAUCACGGGACAAUAGCAAAGACUCACAAUCAGAGAAUGAAUAUCUUCAGGAGUGCCUUGAAGUUGUGCAGCAAGAAUUUAUGAUCUUCAAUCGGGAGAAGUUGAGGAAGAGACAAGAGGGUAUGUCAGAGUAUGGGGCAGAAGGUGAGACGGACCCUAAUGAGGAUCUUGAUGUAGCAGCCACAGAGAAUGAAGAUACAGAACAGGAGCCGGAGUCAGAGAGGUCCAAACUCAACCUGUGUGGAUCAGUCUGUUCCUCCACUGGAAGCUGCUAACCUUUUUGCACCGUUCACCACCUCAGCCUUUGCAUUUUGUUUUGCGUUUUCUAUGCCCAAGGCAACCUCACCUCAUCCUCUGAAGAGGAAAGAGCACACUAACAUAUCAUGUCAUUGCCCUCUCUCUCAGUAGCAUUUGCCAUGUUAUGACAACAGUAAGGUAGAAUUUCUAUGCAAAAUAGAUCGGUGUGUAUUCAUAACCAUAGAGUGCUAUGCAGGGUGCCACCAUCUAGGCAGCAUGAUGUAUUUAAGUUUUAGUGCAUCUUUAAGGUGUGGAUGGAAUCCAUGUAUCAAUAGUUGUGUUAUUAUAAGAUGCUUAACAGUUGUUUUAGCUUUGUUAGUUGUUUCAGCCUCAUGAUUUCUUCCAGGACUUUGCACGAGAUUUUAUCAGCGCUCUCAUCACUGUUUAUUGAAGUAUAAUUUACCACAGAAGUAUAGAAACAAACCUCAUCUAAUUUACAUGCAUGCCGUCUAUGUUCCUACUAAGUAAUUAAAGAGUUAAUUUUCCUUUCAGUCUUAUACAGUGUUUGUUUAAUAAGUACCUUGAGCUUCACCUUUUGAACAAUCAGUGUAGAUGGGGAAGACUUGUGCCUGCCUGUACCUGACAGUAUAAUUGUAGCGUUUAUGGUUAUGUACUUUAAUUGUGAGGAAUUAUUAAGAAUAGAUAACAUUUGCAUUAAACACCUCGAUCCUGCUCUUGCGUAGGUUUGGCUGUGUACAAAGACCAUAAGAUGCCAUACAUUAAGAGUUGAUUUUUCUCCCUUGUUGGUCAUUAUCUUGGAGUAUCAAGGCUUCACAUUUUGGUGAUAAUGGCAUAAUUCUUUAAUAUUCUAGGAAAGCAAUACCUUGUUUAUUAUACUACGGAUUUGCUAAGUCAUAGGAGGCUUUUGAUGAAUGUUUGAAAACUGAAAUAAAGCAAUGCAGGUGUUAUAACUUCUUUUUUAUGCUUCACUGAUUUUUCUGAUGGAAAGGGGCAUGGUGAAAUAAUGGCAUUGACAAACAGCACACUGUAGGCACAGAUGUGGAUGUUUACUCCAUCAUUGGGUUUGGCCUAUCUGACGGUAGGGACACAUGGGAGACGAAGCGAGCAAAGCGAAGAGAGGCGAAAUCCAACCGUCAUCAGGUCGUCGCGGCGAAUCAAAUGGAAUGGAACAGUUCUGUUGUUGAUUUGAUUGGGCCGUGGCAGGCGAAUUCGCUCCUCAUUUGCAUAACAUUAAACUUUCAUUAAACAUUAAUGUUAACAUAAACAUUAAAUUUCGCUUCGCUUCGCUCCUGUUUGCUUGCUUUCGCCUGCCUUCGCCUCUCUCAUAGGAAUGACCGGCAAAGUUCGCAAAUUUGCGUGUAUGUGUCCCUACCAUGACACCAUAGAUGCAUGAAAUGCAUCUUCUGUGAAGACACCACUAUUGAAUGGGAACAUCCCGGUGGACCUGAACCUUGAUGUGAUGUUGAGAGGUGUUAGAGCUGACAAGAAGGCCUCUUUCACAAGCCCUGGCACUUGAUAUGUUGACACGGUUUUCCCAGGGUUUCACCUCAUCCACCCAUCAAGUGCCUUGCUGUAUUGGGCCUUGAAUGGACCAUACACAGCCACAUCAAUUGGCUGUAAGCGAUGAGAGGUGUGGGGUGGAAGUGUAAGCAAUAUCAGCCCAUUCCUUCUGCCAUUUUCAGGCUGUCCAGGAUGAGAAGGCCAGCAUUGUUUGGACUGCACUUUGCGUGUGCGAUGAGAUGGUCCAGGAAAUCAGGCCAGAUAUCCUCAUUCAUCCAACCUGUCCGGCUGGAUGUGC